AUGAGCGCUCCCGUGGUGAACCUCAACUUCCUGCGCGCUGGCAGCCGCGGUGCCUCCGUAAACUACGGCGGCGCUAUGCCCAACAUGCACAUGGCGGCCAUGGACGACCUGACCCCAAGCGCUCCCGACGCACUGGCCGCUGGUUUCAUGCUACCGCCCGUGGCCGACCCGGCCGCUUACUCUCGCGAACACUUCAAG